GUUGCCCUCAGUUUUUUGGGGACGGGUUUCCUGACUCAGAUCCAAUCAGAGCUGCAGUGACUCUUGAUAAAGUCCUCCUCAUCUGUCAACAUCAGUCUGAUACUCUGACAGACUCACAACCAUGCUGAGGUUUGUGUUGGUGCUGCUUAUUUGGACAUGGACGAGCUCAGCGCUGGUCAGGUAAGACCCAGAACCUCAGUUUCAGUUCAGAGGAAACACUUUGACUCUUUAUACCAGUGGGUGUUAGUGGUCAAAAGAUCCUAAAAUGCAAUUUAUUACAAACUAAGAGGGUACAUUUUUAUAGUUUUUAGCAAUGCUUACUUUAUCCAGGGUUUAAAUCUUUUGAAUCAGGCCAUAGUUUCCUUUUGUCAGUUUCAGUUUUGGCUCAGAGGGUUUAGAGCUCAAGUCAAGAUUGCUAGACAUCAGUUAAUUCAGGGUACAAAAAUGUACAACUUGCACAUUUUGAUGAUUUAAUCCACAAGCACUAAAACCCUUCCCCAACAGGAUCCCUCUGAGGAGGAUGCCUACGAUUCGUACCCAGCUGCGCACCCAAGGCCAGCUGUCGGAGUUCCUAAAGGAUCACCGCCCUGACAUGUUUAACAGGCGCUAUGCCCAGUGCUAUCCACCUGGCACGCCAUCGCUUCGGCUCGGACGCUCCAGCGAGAAGAUCUACAACUUCAUGGAUGUAAGAACGAACCAAAACGUUUUAUGUGGCCUCUAAAAACUGCUUCAGAUGGAUCUCCUGGGCAAAAAGUGUCGACCACUUCUUUGGGAUUCGUUUGGAAUUCGUUGCAAUGCUUAAAAAGUUUCUGGAGGUGUCAGUGUUGUCAAUUCUACUCUGCUGUUGCAGGCUCAGUUUUACGGUGACAUCAGUUUGGGGACACCAGAGCAGAACUUCUCUGUGGUGUUUGACACCGGAUCAUCCGACCUGUGGGUGCCGUCAUCAUACUGUGUCAGCCAAGCUUGUGGUACCAAGAGACAAACACACACACAACUUCAGCACAUAAUCACACUAUAACUAAGCCAAUAGUUCGAGUUUGUAUCAGUAUUUCUCGUUUCUGUUUUCUGGUCAGGGCAACAUGACUGCAUGAUAAGAGGGUCAAGGGUUCUGUUUGCAUGUGUGUGUUCACAGCACUGCACAGACGUUUCAAGGCAUUUGAGUCCAGUACGUUCCACCAUGAUGGUCGGAUGUUUGGGAUUCACUACGGAUCGGGACACCUCCUGGGAGUCAUGGCCAGAGACACACUCAAGGUCCAUUACAGCAUAUUCUACAAAUUCAUGAAUAAUAUUUGUGGAUCCAUCCUGGUGAACAAAUACAGAAGUAUUCACCCGUAUCAUGGCAAGGUCCUUGUCCAGAUCAUGCCAUUCCCUUUCCCUAAUGAUCUUCAAAAGAUUUUACCCAAGAACAGCACCAUAUAGAGUCAAAAAUUGUGUCAGAUAUUUUCUUGAUUUCAACCAAAAGGAGCUGUUAAUCUUUGCAUGUUUCCAUCCAUAGUUGCUGUGCAACCAAAGUGAGUUGGUUUUAAAGAUGGUUUUCCACUUGGUAAACCAUUGGGAAACAAAUUGGACAAAGGAUCGAUGACUUAAUCCAAUGAGUAAAUCCAGUAAAACCUGAAAACUGAAACACUUUAAAAAUCUUAAACUAUGGGCCGUUGGUUUGUUUUUAGGUUGUGAUGGUUUGAGGGUUGCUGAAGAAUUUUGAAAAGAGACAAUCAAAGGGGGAAACUCUCCUGAUCUGCCAACCAUAAAAUAUUGAGGAUUUGUUUUGAUUCCACAUCACUGGAGAAACUGGAGGUGUGCUCUAAUCCAUGAUGCCCUGGUGUGCUCUGUUCUUUGUUCCAGGUCGGGGCUCUGACUGCCCUCAAUCAAGAGUUUGGGGAGUCAGUCUACGAGCCAGGCGCUGCAUUUGUAAUGGCCAAAUUUGACGGUGUUCUCGGGUUGGGUUACCCUUCCUUGGCAGAGAUCCUUGGAAAUCCUGUUUUUGACAACAUGUUGGCGCAGAAGACAGUGGAGGAGCCUGUCUUCUCUUUCUACCUCAGCAGGUGUGAUUUCACCCAGGAGUUUGACAGCUCAAGGGCCCUUUCCAAAACCAACACUGACCCACAGGUCUAAAUCUGGCAUUAACUCUAAGAGUUCCCAAGAACAUCAGUUUAUUUUCUCAAUCAGGGGUCAUUGUUGUAAGAACAACUCUUCAGAUUUCACUUGGCCUUUGUCAAAGGUCCUCUGGGCAUUGCUUGUUCAAGAUGAGGGAUCAAAAGUGUCAAGGGGUUUUAUGAAAGCUUUGUAACUUGAUCAGAGAGAUAUGCAAGACCCGUUGGUGUGUUUCAUGAGUGUACAAAGGUCCAAAAAGAUCAAAGGAUCUUCAGGGUUUUAAGGGGAAUACAGAUGUUUACACAAGUUUGACAAAUCCCUUGUAAUUUCAGUGGUUUUACUGGCCAUCAGACACAUCUAUCUCAGGAUCCAGAUAAAAAAAACCACAAUUGAGUCAAAGGCCAGGGGAAAGACUGAAAUCCAAGAGAUUCAGGUUCAGAGGUCCCUAGAUCCCCAAAGAGUUGUUUGAGAUGUUCCCAUUCAAGGAUUUUAAGUUGUAGUCUAAUUUCUCAAUUUCUUAGAAAGUGACCUCUAGAUAUGGUUUAGAGGUUUUACAGAGUUCACAGAGGUGCUGAGUAUUAAGGUCUUGAGGACAGUGUGUAUCCCUGGACCCAAAGUUUGAGGAAUUUAAAAACAUCUGGUGUUUAGGGGAACACUAGUUUUAGGCAUGUGUGUACAAGAGGAAUUUUAAAGGAAUUUCAGGAUUUAGAGGGUUUUUAGAGGUUUGCUGUGGUUAGAGGGUCACAGGGGGUUCUGGAUAACUGAGAAACUUCAAAAGCCUCACUUGCACUUGGGUCCUAAUUUAGUGCAUUGACUAAAACAGAUUUAAAAUGCUUUUUGGUGACUGUAUGAUUUUUGCCCCCUGCAGGAAAGGUGGUGAUAGAGACCCACAGGGUGAAUUGUUGCUGGGUGGAACAGAUGAGACGUUGUACACCGGGUCAAUAAACUGGCUUCCAGUGACUGCGAAGGGAUACUGGCAGAUUAAAAUGGACAGGUUUCACAUGUUUUUCUUACAUUUUGAUUCUCAUUUAUUGUUGACUGCCGUCAUUCCACCGAUGUUUCAAUAUGUCUUUUAGUGUGGCGGUUCAGGGUAUGAGCUCAUUCUGUCCUCAAGGCUGUCAGGCGAUUGUCGAUACUGGAACGUCCCUCAUUGCUGGACCGACCAAUGACGUCCUCAGCCUCCAGCAGCUGAUUGGAGCAAGUCCAACAAACAUAGGAGAGGUUGUAAAACCCCAAGUUUCUCAAGGAUGCAUAAAUGUCCUUGAAAAUAGUAUAUUCAAAGCUCAUUAGCAUAGUCCAUUACCACGUCUCUGUGUUUGUACAGUUCCUGAUCGACUGUGCCAGAUUGUCCAGUUUGCCUCAUGUGACCUUCGUCCUCGGAGGAAAAGAGUACACACUCACUGCCGAGCACUACGUUAGGAAGGUUUGUCAUACAGUUCCAUCUUUGUCUUCUCUUGCUGGGUUUUGUUUAGUGAUUGUGGGUGUCUGCUAUAAGGACUAUUAGUAGAGAUGAGGUUAUGUCUUUUUCAUAACUUGACUGUCAUUUCCGUCUUCUAUCUGCAGGAAAUGUUCGGGGACAGGGAGUUGUGUUUCAGUGGUUUCCAAGCUGUGGACAUUGUGACCUCUGAUGGCCCUCUGUGGAUCCUGGGGGAUGUAUUUCUGACUGAGUUCUACAGCAUAUUUGAUAGAGGGCAGGACCGUGUUGGCUUUGCUCUAGCGAAGCAUCCAGCUGCAGAAUAACCCCCAUGGUCACCGAUGAUCGACAACUGUUUCAUCAAUAAAAACAGUCUGAUGUAAAAGACACAAACAGGAUUUUGUAAUUCUUGCAAAAGCAUGAAAACAAAGGGAAAAAUGGAACAAGUUUGCAGGUACCUAGUAGCACAGAAGCACAUUUUCCUAACUAGUCUCCAGUGCCCAUUAUAACUCAUCUCUAAGUUACAUCAGCACUGUUUGAGAACCACAAAUUCAACUUGACCAAACUAACUUUGGGUGGAUGGUUGACAUUCAAGUCACACUUCCUUUUGAAUAGUCCAGUUUUUGGUGUUUUUCAAAGGUAGCAUGUGUAUAUAGCUUUGAGGCUGCAGAUCCAGGACCAAAUUUCUGGAACUGCAAAUUUAAAACUGUUGAUUGAGACAGCACCACCUUGUGCAGUGGAUCACCAAGGACUGCAAUUUCAGAGUCUAACAUAAUUCUUUUGGUGCUUUAAGUAGCAUCCUUAACCCUUACAAUUGAGUACCUGCAGUCUUGUUUGUUGGCAUUGUCUUUUGCACUGUUCAGAUACCAGGUAAGGUCCCUGACCCAAACCACAAU